CUCUUGGCGCGCGUGCGCAGGACGGUUAGCGGAAGCCGGCGGCGCGGCGCUGAAUAUCGCGCGUGGGGUCCGCGGGGCCUCCCGUCGAUGAGGCUACAGAAGUGCUAUACCUGGAACCAGUAAUGGGCUGGAUGAGAGCCAGAUUAAAGUUUAAUUUCAACACAUUGAAGAUUCUGUAGGUUGAUUUUUCCCCUUUCAGUGUGGGACAAACUGUGAUCAGAUUAUGUACAAUGGGACUACGAAUUCAUUUUGUUGUUGACCCUCAGGGCUGGUUCUGUAUGGGCCUGAUAAUCUUUGUCUGGCUUUACAAUAUUCUCUUCAUUCCAAAAAUUAUCCUCUUUCCACACUACGAAGAAGGGCAUAUAUCUGCAGCUGCUAUACUAUGCUACUAUCUAUUUUCAUUGUUCUGUAUUGCCUCAUUGUUAAGAGCUUCGGUAGCUGAUCCAGGGAGAUUACCUGAAAGCCCAAAGAUACCAAUUACAGAAAAAGACUCUUGGGAAUUAUGUAACAAGUGUAAUAUGAUGAGACCAAAGCGUUCCCAUCACUGCAGUAGAUGUGGGCACUGUGUUAGGAGAAUGGAUCAUCACUGUCCAUGGAUUAAUAAUUGUGUUGGUGAAGAUAAUCAUUGGCUGUUUCUGCAGUUGUGCUUCUACACAGAACUCCUGAGUUCUUACACACUCCUACUUGAUUUCUGCCACUAUUAUUACUUUGAACCACUAAGAAAAGUUAAUGCGGAUGUUUUUGUGUUUAGACAUGAGCUUGCCCUAACAAGAAUAUCAACAUUCAUGGGUAUAAUUAUGUUAGUUGGAAUUACUGGACUCUUUUAUACUCAGCUAAUUGGUAUAUUUAAUGACAUUACAAGUAUAGAAAAACUGGCCAAUUGUUGUGAAGAAAUAUCAAGACCUCGAAAGCCAUGGCAGCAGACCUUCUCAGAAGUUUUUGGCACUCGCUGGAAGAUCCUGUGGUUUAUUCCUUUCAGGCAAAGGCGACCACUGCGCGUUCCCUACCACUUUGCCAAUCACGUCUAAACAGAUGGAUGGUAGGCACAGAUGGGUUCUCCAUGCUGGAUGUGUGUUGCAGGUUUUGUGAUAAUAGAACUAUGGCACUUCUAAAGUCAAUUAAAAUCUACCCACCAAUCUUAGACGUCACAACGUGCCCCAGGCUUUAUUUUAAUAAUGAAGAUCUUUAUUUUGCUUAGGGAUUAAGACACACUUCUCUAUUUACGUUCAAAGUGUACUUACAUUCAGAUUAGCAUUGCAGAGAAAUCACUGCAGGUUCAUAAUAAAAAAAAAAGAUUGAUGUACAAAUAUUACUUUUCUUUUGAUACUGGAUAAUACAAUUGAUUUUGCUAGAAAUGCUGUCAUUUACACAGACCAACAGGUUUGGAAGUGUCUUGACUGGUUUGAAUUGCUUAUUUUUUUUUAUCAGUCAUACUAGCUGGAUUAUGUAGAAAUGUCUGUUUUCCUAUUCAUCAGUUUUAAUGCCUCCAAUGCCUUUUUAUUUAUGAUGCAUGAUAUUAAAAUGCAGCUUAUCUCUAGAGAAGACUGGCAUUUUAACCGUGGAUUUUUAAAAGGAACAAUGAUGUUUGUUCCUCAUGUUUUAAAAAAAAGUUAUGUAAAAACACAACAUAAAAUCCAUUACUAUUUUGAAAGAAAAAUAGGUUAUAAAAUGUGCAUUUUUCUCUUCUUUGUACAUGCAAUAAUUAGCCUUAAGUGCUAGAUGUGUCUUAGAAGUAUAUACUGAAUUAAAAAAAAAUACAAAGCUUAUGCCAUGAUCCAACCAAAGUUAAGCACCUUUUAAAUCCUACUUAUAUUAGUGAUACAUAUAGUAUUUUUUCAUUCACUCCCAAAAAAACAGGCAAACUGCUGCACUGCAAAUGGAAUACUGGCGGAUACGUUUUUCUGGGUUUAAGCUGCAAUCCUACACACUUACCUAUAAGUCAUUUAUUUUGUAUUGAUAUGCAUAGGAUUCUACUAAGUGCCUAAUUUUGGUGUGAUUGUGCCUAUAAAAUUUAUCAACAUUUACUAUAUCAUAUCGACUGAAAACAUAUACAGUACUGUGUUGUUGUUUCUAUGUACUAUGUUUCUUGUUUUGUACUGUCACCACUAGAAGUAUUUAAAAUGUAAAUUUCAUGCGUUCAUAGAUCGGGUAAUAUAUGUUGGAGAUAUUUUAACAAUAGUAUUUAUAGAGUAAAUAUAGAUGUUACAUUUAGCAUUAUCUACUCUGUAUUACAUUCUAAAUAGAUGAUAGGAAGCGAAGCAGGCAUGCCUGUAAAGUGAGAUUCCGAUUGGUAAAAAUAGGUAAUUUGAGUUGUAGAUAAAUCAGUCUUUUGGUUUGCAUCCCAGCUAUUUUUUAAUAGUAAAAUUUUAGGAAGCUCAUUCUUUUAAAAGAGAUGUUUGCUGAUCCGAGGCUUAUAUAGAAAUAAAAUCAGUGAUCAGUUUUGAAAACUGUUUAAGAAACAUCCAUUUAUGUAAUUAAGAAGUAUGGGGAUAUGGAAGUGGCCUUGAGUUUCUGGAUAAAGGACAGGAUAUUCGUCUAAUAAAUAAAUAGGCCUAAAUGGGAGGACAUGUUGACUCAAGAUCAGGCUUACAACAGGCAUGACAUACCUAAGUGCAUUGUUGAGAAUGCAUUUUUUCAUUCACUUGGCCUUAUCCUAUCCUUUCUCACUUAUGUUUGCCAAAUAAGUCAAGAAGUGAAAGGUGUCUUUAGUUCUUGCAUCUCUACUGUACUUUUGAGCCUUUGUGCUUAUAAGAGCUGCAAGCCUGCCAUAUCUAACUUUGAGGCCCAUAGUUACAGAUAGUCCUCAACUUACAACCACAACACAGCCCAAAAUUUAUGUUGCUAAGCGACAAAUUUGUUAAAU